GUCAAGUGUAUGCACAGAUUCUACAGUUAAUUUAUAGGGUUAUUGUGAGUUGGCCCGGGGUCAUCCGAUUUUCCAUGGUGGGGUGCCACUAGUAUCUUUUGCCUGUCAAUAAUUUUCUUGAUAUUAAUAAUUGAGUAUUUGAGACGCGGCUUAGUCAUAUUCUUUUACCACACCCUUCUCUGUGAAACAUGAAAUCUGGGAAAUGGGUAGGCUUUGUUACUCUUCUUCUGCAUGUUUGUUUCUCCGGAGCUGAUAAAAUAGUAGCUUUGCCUGGCCAACCCAAAGUCAGUUUCCAACACUUCUCUGGCUACGUUACUGUCCAUGAUGAAAAGCCGCACAGGCAGAGAGCUCUGUUUUACUACUUUGUUGAAGCAGAAACCAUGCCUGCUUCUAAACCACUUGUCCUUUGGCUAAACGGAGGCCCUGGUUGUUCAUCUGUUGGAGCAGGAGCUUUUAUUGAACAUGGACCCUUUAAGCCAAAUGGAAAGACUUUAACCAAAAACGCCAACAGUUGGAAUAAAGAAGCUAAUAUGCUGUACCUCGAGUCACCGGCAGGAGUUGGCUUCUCUUAUUCGGCAAAUAACUCAUUUUACACCGAUUUAAACGAUGAAGUAGUAGCAAGAGACAAUUUUGUUUUCCUGGAGAGGUGGUUACUGAUUUUCCCUCAAUACAAGAAUAGAGAUUUCUACAUCACAGGGGAAAGUUAUGCAGGGCACUAUGUUCCACAACUUACACUGCACAUCAUUCACUCCAAUCUGAAGCUGAAUCUGAAAGGGAUAGCUAUAGGGAAUCCCCUUCUAGAAUUCGUUACAGAUAUGAACUCUGCAGAUCAAUAUUAUUGGUCUCAUGGCCUAAUAUCAGAUUCAGCUUAUGAGCUACUCCUUUCGUUUUGCAACUCUUCUCGACUCAUGAGGGAGGCUUUGACACAGUCGUUUUCAUCUGAUUGUCUAUCUGUUUACGGUGAAGUUGCAAAGGAACUUGGUAAAUCUGUUGACAAAUACGAUGUGAUCGCCGAUGUUUGUCUAUCAUCUGGUCAGUCAUCAAUGGCAAUAUUCAGUCAUCCCAUGUUUUUAGGACCUCAGUUUUCAUCAUCUCUUCAUUCUCAAGUGGAUGGGUUCAGUCAACAGCAAGUUAAAGUGGAAGCAGACCCUUGUAUAGAAGACAAAACAACCAAAUACUUGAACAGGAAAGAUGUGCAGAAAGCUUUACAUGCAAAACUUGUUGGAAUCACCAGCUGGAACUUAUGUAACAAGAUUGUGCAAUACAUGGACGACCUAGAGACACCAACAAUUUAUACUGUUGGUAAAAUAGUGAAGUCCGGUAUUCCCGUCAUGGUUUACAGUGGAGAUCAGGAUUCUGUUAUCCCAUUUACUGGUACCAGAAACUUAGUGUAUAAACUAGCCAAAGCAUUGGGACUUAAAACAACGGUGCCUUACCGACCUUGGUUUGAAGGGAAACAAGUUGGUGGGUGGACACAAGUUUAUGGUGAUAUCUUGUCCUUUGCCACCAUCAGAGGAGCUUCACACACCGCUCCAGCUUCACAGCCAAAGCGAUCAAUGGCACUGUUUAAGGCAGUUCUUAGCGGGAAACCACUGCCAGAAGCUUGAGCGUUCCCAUGGAUCCAUCUACCUUUUUUAUUUCAGCAUUAUGUAUUCUCCAAACUAAGUGUCAGUAUCCAUUGUACUGCCAUUGGCAAUCUUUAAUAAUUAAAUAAUGAAAGUUUUCAUACAGGGAUGUGCUUUCCAAUCAAAAAACAAA